AUGGCGCCGCCAUCUAUUAAGCUUAACAGUGGCUAUGACAUGCCACAGGUCGGAUUCGGCCUUUGGAAAGUCGACAAUGCCACUUGCGCCGAUAUCGUUUACAACGCCGUCAAAGCUGGUUACCGGCUCUUUGACGGAGCCUGCGACUACGGCAAUGAGAAGGAAUGCGGAGUUGGCAUCGCCCGCGCCAUCCGUGACGGCCUCGUCAAGAGAGAGGAACUCUUCAUCGUUUCCAAGCUGUGGCAGACAUUUCACGAAAAGGACAAGGUCGAGCCCAUUUGCCGCCGUCAGCUAGCAGACUGGCAAGUUGAGUACUUUGACCUGUUUCUCAUUCACUUCCCCGUUGCCCUCGAGUACGUUGAUCCCGCCACACGCUACCCCCCUGGCUGGUUCUACGACGGCCAAGGAGAAGUCCGCUGGAGCAAGGCGACAAACCAGGAGACUUGGGGUGCCAUGGAGAGCCUCGUCGACGCAGGCCUCGCGAGAAGCAUCGGCGUCUCCAACUAUGAGGCGCAGGGCCUCUACGAUAUGCUCAAGUAUGCUCGCAUUCGGCCGGCCACGCUGCAGAUAGAACUGCACCCAUACCUGCAGCAGAAUAACCUUGUCAGGCUCGCCAAGGCAGAGGGCAUCGCCGUGACGGCCUACUCGUCUUUCGGGCCCACGGGCUUCAUUGAGCUCGACAUGGAUCGGGCCAAGAACGUGGCUCCGCUGAUGCAGCACGAAGCCAUCGCUGCCAUGGCCGCCAAGCACAGCAAGACUCCUGCGCAGAUUCUCUUGCGAUGGGCGACGCAACGGGGACUGGCCGUGAUUCCAAAGACCUCUAGACCUGGCGUUAUGGAGCAGAAUAUUGAAAGCACCGAUUUUGAUCUUGAGCAAGCUGACCUGGAUCGCAUCGCAAAGAUGGACCUCAAUUUGAGGUUUAACCAGCCCACAAAUUAUUUCCCAAGCGACAAGUUGUGGAUAUUUGGGUAG